AGCAGCAGCAGCAGCCUGUAGACGCACUGCAGAGGGCGAAGAAGUGGCUGUAUGAGUGCGCAAAGUAACAGUGGAAGUUUGGACGGGGCGCCAUCUUGGCUCCAGCAGCAGCAGCGGCUGCUCUCGAGCGCGUCCCCGGCGUCGCUGUCACACGCACACGGCGCGCCGCUCGCACCAGCCAGAGAAGGUGCUAUGGAGGAGCUGCACAGUCUGGACCCACGCCGGCAGGAGUUGCUGGAGGCCAGGUUUCUGGGUGGAGUCAGUGGCAACACAGUGGGCAGCACCGGCAGCGCCAGCGGAGGAGCCAAAACCUUGACAAAUAACGAAUGUUCCAAUCACAGUUUUGGUAGUCUGGGAUCCUCCAGUGAUAAGGAGUCAGAGGGAUCAGAUGGGAAAAGGGGAAGUUCUCCUGCGUAUUCAACUCCUGAAAAGAAGCUCUUUGAAUCAUCACGGGCCAGGAAGAGGAAAGCUGAUAUCCAAUCAGAGAGUAGCCAGGGUAAAUCUAGCAUUCGUGGACCCAAAAUCAGUGAUUAUUUUGACUUACAGGGUGGCAAUGGGUCCAGUCCAGUAAGAGGACUAACAUCUGUCAUCCGCUCACCCCAAAACUCUCAUUCCCACUCAACACCAGGAUCCAGUACCCGGCAGAGCAGCUCUUCUCCCACCAGUCUGUGUUUUGGGGACUCUCUGAUUUCCUGUAAACAGACGGCAGUAAAGAGCAUUCAAACUGAGCUCACAGUGGUGAAACUGGCCACUAUAGAGAGCAAUAAAAACUUGGACCUGGAGAAGAAGGAGGGCCGGAUAGAUGAUCUGCUGCGGGCAAACUGUGAUCUUAGAAGACAAAUAGAUGAACAGCAAAAGCUUCUAGAGAAGUACAAGGAGCGUUUAAACAAGUGCAUCACCAUGAGUAAGAAACUUCUGAUUGAGAAGAGCACACAGGAAAAGCAGGCAUGUCGAGAGAAGAGCAUGCAGGAUCGACUGCGUUUGGGUCAUUUCACCACCGUGAGACAUGGAGCCUCAUUUACAGAGCAGUGGACAGAUGGCUACGCCUUCCAAAACCUCGUGAAACAGCAAGAAUGGAUCAUUCAACAGCGUGAAGAAAUUGAGAGACAGCGGAAGCUGUUAGCAAAGAGAAAACCACCAUCUACCAGCAGCUCACAGACCCCCAGCACCAACUCUGAACCCAAACAACGCAAAACCAAAGCUGUGAACGGCUCGGAGAACGACCCUUUCCUCAAACCCAGCCUUCCUCAGCUACUAACAUUAGCAGAGUAUCACGAGCAGGAGGAGAUCUUCAAACUGAGACUUGGUCAUCUCAAAAAGGAGGAGGCAGAGAUUCAGGCAGAACUGGAGAGGUUGGAGAGGGUGCGAAAUCUUCACAUCCGAGAAUUGAAAAGAAUAAACAAUGAAGACAGUUCACAAUUCAAGGACCACCCCACUCUAAAUGAGCGCUAUCUGCUGUUACACCUGCUGGGGAGAGGGGGUUUUAGUGAGGUCUACAAGGCAUUUGAUUUAAUAGAGCAACGGUAUGCUGCGGUGAAAAUACAUCAGCUCAACAAAAACUGGAGAGAGGAGAAGAAAGAAAAUUAUCACAAACAUGCCUGUCGGGAAUAUCGAAUACAUAAACAGUUGGAUCAUCCCAGAAUAGUUAAACUGUACGAUUACUUCUCACUGGAUACAGACACGUUUUGUACAGUUUUGGAAUACUGUGAAGGAAAUGAUUUGGAUUUCUACUUGAAACAGCACAAGCUGAUGUCUGAGAAAGAAGCUCGGUCAAUCAUUAUGCAAAUCGUUAAUGCUUUGCGAUACCUAAAUGAGAUCAAGCCACCCAUAAUACACUACGACCUCAAACCUGGGAAUAUUUUACUGGUAGAUGGAACUGCAUGUGGAGAGAUUAAGAUCACAGAUUUCGGAUUGUCUAAAAUCAUGGACGAUGACAACUACGGAGUAGAUGGAAUGGACCUGACGUCACAAGGGGCAGGCACUUACUGGUAUUUACCCCCUGAGUGUUUUGUGGUGGGUAAAGAGCCACCAAAGAUCUCCAAUAAGGUGGACGUCUGGUCUGUCGGUGUCAUAUUUUUCCAGUGCCUCUAUGGACGAAAGCCAUUUGGCCAUAACCAGUCCCAGCAGGACAUCUUGCAGGAGAACACCAUCCUAAAAGCCACAGAGGUUCAGUUCCCUUCUAAACCAGUUGCCAGCAAUGAGGCCAAGGCAUUCAUUCGCCGUUGUCUAGCCUAUAGGAAAGAGGAUCGGUUUGAUGUGCACCAGCUGGGUAGUGACUCCUACUUACUUCCUCACAUAAGACGGGCCAGUUCCUCAGGAAACCUGGUACCUAACUCCACCUCGUACUGACAGCUUUCACUGACCACUCUGACUGACAGCCAGCUGAUCUCUGGGACCAUUUCCAGGGAGCCAUAAAGAAAAGAAGUUGGCUUCCUCAGGUUGAGGCCAUUUUGUUUGGAUCGUUGUGCUUUUGCUGCACUGAGACAUUGGCUUUACUAAGAAAACAAUAUAGAAAAAGAAUGAAAAAAAUAAAAUAAAGCAUGACUAUUAAGACGCCCUGAGAAUGAUAUGAUGAAAUGCCCUGUGAUGAUUCAGAAAAGAACAGCUACUGUUAAGUACCUUGAAAUGGAACUGUUGUCAGAUGGUUUUUUCACAUGUUGCUUCCGAGUUCAAAGAGGAGAUCUGGCAAACCCUUAUAAAUUCACAUGGUCUCUGCUGGGUUUUAAUAAAUUAACAUUUUUAUUUUUUAAAAAGCCUACAUUCACAGUUACUGUAACUGGCCUGAAAUGGUUUAAUUCUUCACUUGGUAGUACUGUUAUGUGGUUUCAGACAACUCUGUUAGAUUCCAUUGCUUUGUACAACUAGCUAUGAGAAUGUAAUUCUAGCAUAGUAGGCCCAGCCAGCAUACUAAUGUUAAAUGCACAAAAAUAACCAAAUGUAAAAACAAAAUUGCAAUGUACAUAAUCCGAUGCAGGACCAGAUUUAAAGUAUCCCUUCUGGAGAAUUCAUGUAUAUUUGUUGUACAGGACCUUCGUUUCAGAUAAAUACAUCUCAACAGAUUCAUUCUGUACAGUGGUUUAACAUGUUUGCCCUUUUUUCUUGUAAACUUGGUUUCCUGGUGAGUUUCUUGAUGUUGCUCUUUUUAAAAACUGCUGUAUAAUAUACUAGGUUUAAAUUGUACAGUACUGUUAAAAGAAUAAUUGACAAUAAAUGC